AUGCAUUUCCUAUGUCUUCACGGUGCCAUUGGCAACACUGAUAAUAUCACCAUUCAGCUAGGAUUUGAGGAAUACUUCGGAGUCGGACCGCAUUACCGGUGGGCUGACGAUGGCCAAGCGCCAGAAGAUUCGUGGAUUAUGCGCAUUCGCGGCAAUGCAGCUCCCAGCGACGAUACAAACAACGAGGAUGCGAUGAGAGGGUUACUUGGAGAAGGGUCUUGUAAGAACCACCCCGAGCUCAUGAAAUACAUCUACGACGCACUAGAGCGGAAUCCCGAGAUCAGUGGAAUUAUCGCAUACAGCGAAGGAGCUAUGGCUGCUUCCACUUUCAUUUUGGAUGAAGAACGCCGGCAUCGCGAGGAAGGUCGGGAGCGCCAGAUCAAAUGCGCCAUGUUCGUCGGUGGCUGGCCUGCCAUGAGACCGAACAGCGGAUUCAUUCUCGCAGACGACGGAGGAGAGGAAAUGAUCGACAUUCCCACUCUCCAUGUUGUGGGUGCAAAUGAUCCCUUCCGAUACGGCUCUGAAGCCCUUUACGACAUCUGCGAUCCUGACACUGCCGAAUACUUCGAUAUGGGUAAAGGACAUGUCAUUCCACGGUCUGGCUUAGUGAUCGGAGAAUUGAGCAAUGCCCUUCGGGGAUUGGUCAAGAAGACAGAACCGGAAGAGUAA